AUGGCAGCUGCUGAGGGUCUGACUACUGCUGUGGCUUGUGGCUUUGAUGAAGUCACUCGCCCUGACAAUCGUGGGUCAAUCUUCCUCAAAACUGUUGACCAUCUUUAUCUACAGAUGUUUGAUUUCUAUAACGAUGCCGGUGUUCCUAUAGCGGCCUCUCCUUCGACCACGCCUUUUGUUACUUACUUGAAUGAUAGUCAUGCCAUGUAUGAUUAUUUGUUCAGUGGUAAGAGCGAUGUAAAGGCUGUCAAGUAUACUGAGGCUUCUUACACGAAGUACUCCCAAGAAGGUAAGAUCUCUAUGAUGUGGUCUACGUCCUUCAACACGUCCCCCAACUGUAUGCAGCCUCUCAAUGGUCAGUGCGGUGACACGAAGGCUCAUUAUGAGUUCGGUGUAUGGGAUGGUGUCCCUUUCGCGAAUUUCGCCGGUAUAGUGAAGUCUGCUUACCCCAACACUCCUCAGGGUAUUAUGCAGUUUGCUUUCAUGCCAAAAAGCUGGGAGUAA